UUUAAGGAGAAUUUAAAAUCAAUAAACAAACCCCAAAUCAAUCCAAUUUGGGUCUUGGGAUUUCUAGGGUUCAUAUUCCCGUAACUGCUUCUGUUAUAUCCAAUCCAUUCCGGUCGUAAGUAUAAAUAGUCUAGGGUUUAUUUUCAUCAGAAAGACAAUAAUAUGCCUCAGAGACACUCGAAGAACAAUAACGAUUUAGCUUUCUUCACGUAUGAUGAGAAGCGAAAGCUAGGAUACGGAACCCAGAGGGAGAGGCUUGGUAAGGACUCUAUCAAGCCUUUUGAUGCCUGCUGUCUCUGUUUGAAACCGUUUAUUGAUCCCAUGUCUUGCCAGAAAGGCCAUGUCUUUUGCAAGGAAUGCAUUCUCGAGUGCCUUCUAGCCCAAAAGAAGGACAUCCAAAGGAAGCUAGCUGCCCAUGAAUCACAAAAGAAACAAGAGAAGGAAGAGGAGGAAGAGAAGUUAAUGUUGCAGAAAACCAGAGAACUGGAUGCUUUUGAUCAGCAAAACCAUGGCGCAGUUCCACAGUACAAUGAUAGAAACCAGAGCAGAGACAAGAAUUGUUUCCAUGGGGCAAACAGUGUGAAGGUGACUUCCUAUGAAGAGGAGGCACUUCGAACAAUGAAAGCAUUUUGGCUGCCCUCUGCUACACCAGAAGCCCCUGUUAAAACGGAAGCCCCCUCCACAAGUACAAUCUGUCCAGAAGGCAAGGAAAAGCUUAAGAUGAAGAGCCUUUUCCCCAUCUAUCUCACAGAAGACAAUAGUGAAAAGAAAUCCAGUGCUCUUGAUAAGACCUAUAUCUGUGCCAGCUGCAAGGUUACUCUUACAAAUACACUCUCACUGGUUGCACUCAGUUCAUGUGGGCAUGUCUUCUGCAAGAAGUGCGCAGACAAAUUUAUGGCUGUGGAUAAAGUUUGUCUUGUUUGCAACAAGGUGUGUAAGGCAAGGAAUUUGGUGAACUUGGAAAAGGGUGGAACAGGCUAUGCUGGUCAUGGAGAUAAUCUUUUAGCAACGGACUUCAAACAUUUAGGUAGUGGUUCAGGAUUGGGACUGGUGAGACCAGCCACGAUGAAGAUUUAAAAUUUCUGAUUAAUUGUUUAAACAUGAUGCUAUUGUGAAGAUAGAAUGGUUCUCCAGGUCCUGACUCUGUUUCAAUUAAGCAUCCAUCAACAUUCAAAGUUUAUUGCAGUUGUAAUUGCUUUGUUAUUAGUUUUGUUUCUUGUAAUGUAGCCGCAGUAAUGCGAGUUGAUAAUGGAUAUGUAAUGUACGGAUAUUUAAUGUGCAUACAUAAUUUCUUUAUACAACUGUAAUACAUGGGUUUCUUGAUUA